UCAAUUUUCAUUAUAAACUCUUUACCCUGAAAGAAACCCUAGUUUUCUCUCACGGUUAAAAAAACAGAAGAAAAAAAAAAGAGGAAAAGAAAUUAUUUUUAUUUUCAAUUUUAGGGUUUCAAAUCGGCGAGGAUGGGAUUCUCAAACCCUAAUUGAUGAAAUUGGGGCUUUUGAUCUUUCCGAUGUCUUAAAUCAAUCGGCUACUGCGUAAGAUCUGAAGUUAAUGCAUUUGGUGUUAUGUGUGAGGGAAUGUGAAAAUUGUGUGAAUUUUGGUUGGGGGUGUGUGUAGUGUAGAUUAAUUGUUCAUGGACGGCAGGGAGGAUAACUCAAAUGGUGCUGUUGUUCCUAAGAAAUCAAGAUCUCUGGAUCUUAAAAGUUUGUAUAAUUCGAAAUUGACCGAAGGGGCACCAAAGGAAAAUUUGAAGCGAAAGGGUAGUGGUAGUCACGGGGGUGGUGAUGAGAAGGGGAGUAAACGAAAGAAGGUAAGAAAGGAGGUGGCUUUAAGUAGUUUAGAUAAUGCGGAUGGUGGCGGUAAGCAGGUUGCUGAUGAGGAGGAUUUGGGUGAACCGGAAUUGGGGGUGAGUGAAGGGUUUCAUAGCAUUAGCGGGCUUAAUGGAGUUUUGGUAGGUGUUGCUAGUGAUGUUUGUAUUCCUAAGCGUAAGAGGACUUUAGUGGGGCGGAAGAAAUCUGAUGACGGUCAAUCAUCGAAUCCUGUAGGGCAUCCCAGGCAGGAAAUUGGCAGCGAUGAUCUGGGGCCUAAGGUAGGUAGUGAUGAUUCGGGUAGGGCAGUUCAAUCUUCAAAGGUUAAUUUGAAGAAACGUUUUGAUGAAUUUAAGGAAAAUAGGAAUAGUGAUUCAAAUUCAAUUUCAGCUCAGCAUUUGAAGCAGAACGGGGAUCAUGCCCCUGAUUCUGUUGUAAAUAGUGGCCGUUCAUCUUCAAAAAAGUCAAAAAAAAGGGAUAGGAAACAUAAGGUUCUGGCUUCUGAUAAACCUAGGGUUUCCAAGGAGGCUGAGCCUUUGAUUAAUAGCUGUACAAUAUCUGUUGAAUUGCAUGAAGACGAUGAGGAAAAUCUUGAGGAGAACGCCGCAAGGAUGCUUUCUUCAAGGUUUGAUCCAAGCUGUACCGGGUUUUCUUCUAGUAGCAGGUCUUCUCCCCUGCCAUCAGCUAAUGGUUUGUCCUUUUUGCUAUCUUCUAGUCGAAAUAUUGUUAAUCAUGGCUCAAAGUCUCGGUCGGGUUCGGAAUCAGCCUCAGUUGAUACUGCUGGCAGACAUCUGAGGCCAAGGAAACAAUACAAUGAUAAGGAAAAAAAGUCACGGAAGAGGCGUCAUUUUUAUGAAAUUCUCCCUGGUCAUGUAGAUGCAUAUUGGGCAUUGAACCGUAGGAUUAAAGUAUUUUGGCCUUUGGACCAGAGCUGGUAUUAUGGCCUUGUCAAUGAUUAUGAUGAGGCGCAAAGGCUUCACCAUAUCAAAUAUGACGACCGAGAUGAAGAAUGGAUUAAUCUCCAAACUGAGAGGUUCAAACUCUUGUUACUUCGUAAUGAAGUUCCUGGACGUGCAAAGGGGGGAAGGGCUUCGACAAAAAGUAGAAGGUCUGAUCAGCAAAAUGGAAGCAAGUCGAGAAAAGAAAAGCAAAGAGGAGAAGAGAUUAAGGAGGAUGACAGCUGUGGUGGGAGCUCUAUGGACUCUGAGCCUAUAAUUUCAUGGUUGGCUCGAUCUUCUCAUCGGCUUAAAUCUUCUUCUUUUCAUGGCAUUAAGAAACAGAAAACUUCUGUCACACAUCCAAGUACAACCUCAUCAUUGCUAUAUGACGAACCCGUCUCAGCACAGGGAAAUGGAACUAAAAGUUCUUCCAGGGGUGUUGCAAAUAAUCUGUCUUGUGGUUCUUUAGCACAAGAUAAGUUGGGUGAUAAUUUGAGGGAGAAGUCCGCAUUGCAAAGCACCACUCAAAUUAAAGAUCGCAAACAGCCCACUGUUUAUUUUAGAAAGCGGUUUCGAAGGCCAGCUCCAAUGUCGCCUCCUGUGCCUAAAGAGAAACACAUCAUUGUAAGUACACCCUGUUCUAUAUCUGGUGAUCAUGUGGUUGGUGGGAUUCAGAGUGUAAAAGAACCAAGUGGCAGGAGGUUUGAGGGGCCACUGUGGUUCAAUUAUAACGAGGGAAUAUUAAAAAUGAUUUGGGACAUGGAGUCAGCAUCAUUCAAAUUUGACUUACACUUCCCUAUAAAGCUGAUAUUAAAUGAAGCUUUUCAAUCCGAAAACUUGUGGCUGCUCAAUGCUGUUUUGCUGCUUCGGUAUGGGACAGUUGUGACCAAGUGGCCAAGAGUUUGUCUAGAGAUGCUUUUUGUUGAUAACGUGGCUGGGUUGAGAUUUCUAUUGUUUGAAGGCUGCUUGAAGAUGGCUGCAACCCUUCUCUUUUUUGUCCUUAGGGUUUUCCAUCAACCUGCUCCCCUAGGGAACAAUGACUUGCACUUGCAGCUUCCAUUUACAUCUAUUGGAUUCAAGCUUUCCAGUCUUCAUGCUAUCAAGCAGCCACUUGUGUUUGCAAUAUAUAAUUUCUCCAGAUUGAAGAAUUCAAAUUGGGUGUACUUGGAUUCUAAGCUUAAGAGGCACUGCAUACUCAGUAAGCAGCUCCAUCUAUCUGAAUGCACAUACGAUAACAUCCAGGCACUUCAGCAUGGAUCAAGCAAGUUCACGGCAGCUUCCAUCAGUGAGCCCUCAUCAGUCAAGGUAGUGAGGAAGAGGAGUAGACCAGGGAUUAACAUCAUGGGUGUUUCCAAAGUGUCCACUCAAGUUGAUACUCAUCAAUCUUCUGAUGCCGGCGAGAGGAAGCUUCCUCCAUUUGCUCUUUCUUUUGCUGCUGCACCUUCAUUUUUUCUCUGUUUGCAUCUCAAGUUGCUGAUGGAGCAGUCGACAGCUCAUCUAGACCUUUGUAAUCAUGUACCAGAGGAUGGUCAGGAAGAUGCUGCCUUGGGGACAGGUGGUUAUUCCAGCAUUGAUGAUUGUUCUAACCCGAAUUCAGAAAUUAUUCUGCGGAAAGAUACAACUUUGUCGAAUGACGCUGCAGGUGAUGGAUUGUCAUGUGUUGCGUUAGAUCAAUUAACCGGUCCCUCUACUUGUGGUGAUCGAGUUGUCUCUCAAAAUGACCAGAAUACUGGUCUUCUUGGCACUGGAACUUCUAUUUCCCAUGGGUCUGAGAGGUUUGGUAAUAUUCACUCACCAGAGUUGCAAUCCCAUCAUUCAGCACAGAAGCCAGGAUCAUUACCUUCAAGUUCUUUAAUACACAAGGAUAAGGCGGACAAUGGUUCUCCAUUUAAUGGUGAUCUACGUGUCCAAAUCCCUUCAGUUGAUGAAUUUGAGAAACCUAAUGCUCAACAGUCUCCUGUUUUGUCUUGGAAUAUGAAUGGGAGCGUUAUUCCAAGCUCCAAUAGAACUGCUCCAAGAAGUUCUUACCGCCGGAAUAAUUCGUUGUCGUUGGGAUUCCAGUCACCUGCAUGGUCUGACAGCAAGACUGACUCCCUUUACAAUGAUUUUAGCAAUGGACCCAAAAAGCCACGUACCCAAGUAUCAUAUUCAGUGCCUUUUGCAGGGUAUGAAUUAAGUUCAAGGCACAAAAGCCAUAAUCAGAAAGGGCUUCCUAAAACACGUAUUAGAAAGGCUAGUGAAAAGAAGUCCUCAGAUGUUGCUAGGGUCCCUGAAAAGGAUUUUGAAUGCUUAUCUUGUGAUGCAAAUGUCUUGAUUACAGUUGGUGAUAAAGGGUGGAGAGAAUAUGGGUCCCAUGUUGUAUUGGAGUUGUUUGAACAGAAUGAGUGGAAACUCUCUGUAAAAAUUUCAGGAGUCACAAGGUAUUCAUACAAAGCACAUCAGUUUAUGCAGCUCGGAUCAACAAAUCGUUUUACACAUGCAAUGAUGUGGAAAGGAGGGAAGGAUUGGAUCUUGGAAUUUCCUGACAGGAGCCAGUGGGCUCUAUUCAAGGAGAUGCAUGAGGAAUGCUACAACCGUAACCUCCGUGCUGCUUCAGUUAAAAACAUACCUAUUCCUGGUGUUCAUUUGAUAGAAGAAAAUGAUGAUGAUGUAUCUGAGGCAACUUUUGUUCGCGGCACUAUGUACUUCCGACAGCUUAAAACAGAUUUUGAGAUGGCUCUGGAUUCAUCCCGUGUACUGUACGACAUGGAUAGCGAGGAUGAGCAAUGGUUUUCAAACAUUCGAAGUUCUGAGAACUACAACGGUGACUUGAAUGGGAUCACGGAGGAGUUGUUUGAGAAGACAAUGGACUUGUUUGAAAAGGCUGCAUUUGCUAAGCUGCGUGAUCAGUUUACACCAAAUGAAAUAGAGGAACUUGCGCUUCAUGUCGGACCUUUGUGUAUUGUCAAAAUCAUUUAUGACCAUUGGCACCAGAGAAGGCAGAAGAAGGGAAUGGCUUUAAUACGGCACUUUCAGCCCCCUAUGUGGGAACGAUAUCAACAGCAGCUGAAGGAGUGGGAAGUAGCCGUGACCAAGAAUAACCUUUCUUCUAAUGGAAGCCUGGAUAAGGGUGCAACUUUGGAGAAGCCCUCCAUGUUUGCUUUCUGUUUGAAACCAAGGGGUUUGGAAGUACAGAACAAAGGAUUAAAGCAUCGAUCUCAAAAGAAAAUAUCAGUCUCUGGGCAUACAAACCGUUUUAGAUAUCAUGAUGGCUUCCACACUACUGGUAGAAGACCAAAUGGCCUGGCAUUUACUGAUGAAAGGUUUGUAUACCCAGGCCAUAGUUAUGAUUCUUUGGAUGAUUCUCCAUUGCCUCUGACGUCACCUAGAGUAUUCUCCCCACAAGAUGCUGCCAGCAUGAAAUAUUAUUCUAUGAGCAAUGAUGCAUACUACAGAAAUCAUAUGCAGAAACUUCACAGGAGCAAGUCCAAGAAACAUGGGUCAUUUAUGUAUAAUAAUGGUUCACAGCCGUCAGGUUCUAACAGUCAGAGAAUGCCUGUGUCAGAAAAAAGAAACGGAGUUCGAAUGAUCAAUCAUGACUUACCAGGUCACAGGCAGUACGCACCGGAUUGCCCUCAGAAGCAUGGGGUUGAACAAUUGGAUGGUUCAGACUGCGUGCCGCAGCAAUUGGAUGAGGAGUUUAGACUGCGCGAAGCACAAAAUGCUUCUCUCCGUGUACGUAACACAGCUAAGUUUAAGAGACACAGGGCUAACAACUUGCAUUCUAUGGCAGAGGUGGCAAUUCACAGGGCAAUGGUUGCUCUUAUGACUGCUGAUGCGAUAAAGGCUUCCAACGAAGUGGUUGGUGGUGGUAGUAAAACCAACAGCUGAGCUCAAACUUCAAUAAUCUUUCGUCUGCAAAUGUAGCUGCGAAGAGGAGAUUUUGUUGCUGCGAAGUUCAUCUCUUUAUCAUUGUCUACCUGAACCUUUUUUUGUUUUCCAGCUUGAGAUCUGCUCUGUUCAGAUUUUACUGUUGCAUUGAUCUCAUGGUAUAGGUCUUUUAAAUUUUUGGAUACCUAUAUUUGUACAGAUUCUCCCCCUCCCCAUUUGGCGUUUGUGCCCUCCUUCCGGCUCCCUCCUCCCCUUCUCAGUUUCAAAUAUUCAACAUGAAAAUAGAAAUCGGCCAAUAAUACAACACCAGUUUGAACUGAAA